AUGGCCUCUACUCUGGAGAAGUUCAUUCAUUCUUUGGAUCCCAGAGCCCUUCCCAGAGUCCUCCAAAUCCAGUCAGGCAUCUACUUCCAAGGCUCCAUCUACGAGAUGGCUGGAAAUGAAUGCUGCCUGUCAACAGGAGAAGUCAUCCAAGUGAUCGGCUUCAAGAUUAAGAAGCUCAUCGCAAGCAUCUGUGAGAGCAACGAAGGCAGCCAGACCUCAGCCAAAGUGGAACUGCCACUGAAUUUCCCUGGUCUUUAUAAGGUUGUGGCAGACAAAACUCCCUAUGGCAGCAUUGAAGACAUUACAAGAAAAGUCUCCAUUGGGCCAACAAGGUUUGGCCAUCCAUGUUUCUACAGCCCUGAGGAUAUACAACUGGCAAACCUCACUAUCAAACACGGUGAGCAGAUCACCUUCAACUCAGUGGAGGAGGUAGAUGGAAUGCUGGCUGUGAGCUGUGGUGUGGUCAGAGGGAACCAGGCUCAUUCCUUCACUUUACCCCUCUCACAAGAAGGAAAAUUCUAUGAGUGUGAAGAUGACCAGAUCUACACCCUCAAAGAGAUUGCAGAGUGGAAGAUACCCAAGUGCAGAAACAGGAUUGUCAAACUUUCCCACACCUUGCAGGUGUGGGACUCCUCCAAUCCACUUCCUCAGGAUUUUGAUGGCUGCCUGCUUCUCACGCCUGUCUACGAAGUGCAGGCAGUUAUGAGAUCUCGGAAGGACAUUGUCCAUAUCCUCUCAGAUCUAGAUGUCGAGGUCAAGGAUAUAACAGACUGCUACGAUAUCAGGUCUUUCCUUCAGCCACUGUCUUUGGAAGAUGUGUUUGAGAGAACAAGCAAGGAAUUUCCUAUGGUUGCUGAGAUAAUGGCAGGACCUGCAGGAAGCCAAAGCCCAAAUAACUUAUUGUAUACAGGGAAAGAGAUCAUCCUCUACAAAAAGUACCAGGCAGCAAGGGUCCUCGCCUCUGAGAUCAGGAGUGAUUCCCCAAAGAGACAUUUUUUAAUCCCUAUGAGCUACAAAGGAAAGUUCAAGAGAAGACCUCGAGAGUUUCCAACUGCCUAUGACUUAGAAAUAGCAAGAAGUGAAAAGGAGCAGCUUCAUGUUGUAGCAACAAAAGCCUUUGAGUCCCCUCAUAAGGAGCUCUUUUCUGUCUCUGUUGGAGAUCAGUUUCUCGUCCAGCAAUGCCAGACUAGUGAGGUCUUGGACGAGGGCAGAAAGAAACUCGUAGAUGUUUUAGCCUGUGAACAAAUCCUCAGUGCUGGAUACAAGAGAGUGCUCCUCCCUAUGUACCUGGAAGGUGGCUUUGUGGAGGUGAUCCAUGACAAGAAGCAGUACCAGCUGGCUGAGAUCUGCAGAGAGUUUCCUUUGCCUUUCAAUGUCAAAGUGUCCAUCCGGGACCUCUCCGUUGAAGAGGAUGUCUUGGCUGCCUUGCCUGGGCUGCAGCUUGAAGAGGAGAUCACAGACUCUUAUUUGCUGGUCAGCAGUGCCCACAGCCCUGUGGAGAGCUGGGAGGUUCCUGUCUACCGCUCAAACAUGUUGGUCCACUUGCUGAGCAGAGACACCCAGGCCGUGGUACCUCCAGGGACCAGGACUACAGUGGAAGAGAUCAGAGAAGAGCAAUACUACAUGGUGCGAAGAUACGAAAACCAAAGCCUUCGACCACCCCCCAGGCCUCCCAAAAAGCCAACAGUUACACCCAAAGCUCUUAUGGCACUGCCAGAGCAAGGGCAGUCAGAUGGACUACAGGUUCCAAAGAAUGUCUAUAUAGAAACCACCAAGCAAUGGUGCUCAGCUCCAGCUGCAGAUGUUUCAGGACUCCAAGUUAGCUGCCUGAAUGAUUUGGCUCACCAUGAGAAUAAGAAGGACACGAGCAGGAAAGCUGCGCUAGCGGAAAGCAGAGUGGCGGAAGUUUGUCCUUUUGGAGGAUGGGAACACGUUGACAUCAAGAAGCUAGAUGAUAAGAGAGCAAAUCCAAACAGCCUUUGCAAGCUAAUCUAA